AUGGAGGUGGGAUUGAAGCAAGCAGCGGAAAAGAAGCUUCUCCAGCGGCUCAGGGCCGAUGAGGAACGUCGCAGUCGGACAAAGCACCCGGCCGCGGAGCCCAAGAUUGUCAGACCGGCAGACUGCAGCAAGCAUGAACUACAGCUCCUGUCCGCAAUUGUCGACCCGCACACAAUCGACGAGGGCUUCGCCGACAUCCGCACUCCUCCAUCGACCGUUCAUGCGCUGAAGAAUAGUAUCUCUCUCCGUCUCAACCAACCCGAUGCCUUCAAGUAUGGUAUUCUCGCCAAGAAUCAGAUCUCUGGUGUGCUUCUUUACGGUCCGCCCGGGACCGGAAAGACACUGCUCGCCAAAGCCGUUGCAAAGGAAUGCGGUGCGCGUGUCCUUGAUAUCAAGGGCAGUGAGAUUCAAAGUAUGUGGGUCGGUGAAGGUGAGAAGAACAUCAAAGCCCUGUUCUCCCUCGCUCGUAAGAUUGCCCCGACUGUUAUCUUCCUGGAUGAAGUUGAUGCUCUUUUCGCCGCGCGUUCUGAGAAGGCGCAGCAAAAUCAUAGGGAGGUAAUUAACCAGUUCAUGGCCGAAUGGGACGGAAUCAGGAGUAAGAACCUGGGUGUUAUCGUGAUGGGUGCCACCAACCGUCCUUUCGACUUGGAUGAAGCCAUCCUCAGACGUAUGCCGAGAAGGAUUAUGGUUGAUCUGCCUACGGAGGAGGAUCGAUUGGCGAUCUUGAAAAUCCACUUGAAGGAUGAGAAGAUCCACGAUGAAGUCGACUUGAAGGCGCUGGCGAAACGCACGCUUCGCUACUCUGGCUCGGACCUCAAGAACGUCGUGAUCUCUGCUGCACUCACCGCUGUGUCCGAGGCGAUGGCGAAGAACCUCCCUGUCACGGAACGUGUGCUGACAAACGCGCACUUCGAGGCCGCAUUGAAGGAGGUCAAGAGUUCU